GGAAUUGUUGCUACUGAACUGAGUUGUGCGGAUAAAGGAGAAAUGGAGAAUCCGGAGUUAUGCCCAGAAUGGAUAGCUUUGCUGACUACGGAGAAAGCUUGCUUAUCUACUAUCUCUCUUGAAGAAACCACUGGUGCAGUCAAGGAAGUCGGGGGGCAACUUUAAGGAAAAAUUACGAGAGCUUGGAGGUCUUGAUACUGUAUUUGAGGUGACCAUGGAUUGCCAUUCCAAUAUGGAGGGUUGGCUAAAAGAUAGCUCACAUUCUAUUUGGGAAAAUGAAAUUGGCAUGGUGCGGAGCCUGGUUCUGCUUUUGAAAUGUUUGAAGAUCAUGGAAAAUGCCAUAUUCCUAAGUAAAGAGAAUCAGUGAUUGAGCUUAAGGGCAACAUCCGAGUUUUCUGCAGAUGUAGACCUUUAAAUCAAACUGAAAUUUCAAGCGGAUCUGGUUUCGUUGUUGAAUUCGAAUCCUCCCUAGAUAACGAGCUGCAGGUCAUUUGUUAUGAUUCCUCGAAAAAGUAGUUCAAGUUUGACCAUGUCUUUAGACCUGAGGACAACGAAGCCUAUGGUCUGAUUGACGUUGGUGUGAGUGUGCUCGAUAGCAACCAAUUUUGGUGGGAUUGAAAAUCGGGACUUUGUGGUACUCUCUCUCUCUCCCUCCCUCCCUCCCCUAUGUGUAUGAAUUAAGUUCUGCAGUGCGUGUGCAGGUGGGUGCGUUCACUAACUAAGCUUUCAAGGGGAGCCCAUCAAUGGUUUGCCUGCUGGGGGAAUACGGUGACUGCCAGUGUAUGAUUUGCUGUGUGGCAAUGGAUACAUUCUUCAACAGGAGCGUGUUAUUCCGGUUUGUUACUUUGCUAAGGAAGCGAGUUGCUCUAUGUUAAGGGAGGAUGAUGAUGUAAGAAUUUGUCGCCAAGGGUUGAGAGAAGGGUGGUUUCACAGGAAUUGAAGCUCUGGCUCUCGGUUGUGAGUUCCAUAAAUAUUUGAUUGUGCAAAUAUACAAUGAUUUGUAUUGUAUGUCGAUGAUCAAAAUGUGAUCAUAAUCAAUAUUUAUAUAUAAAUAAAAAACUGACAGUUUUAGUUCCAGAGAUGGAAUAGGUAUGAGUGGUUAUUGAAAUCUCUUCUGUUGUGUUUUUUCUGCAGGAGAAGCAAGAAACUACAAUUGAAAAAGCCAUGCGUAAUAAGCGGAAAUGUAUCACCACUGUGAAAGGGCUGCCCCUUUUUGGACCAAACAGAAGUAUCCGUGCAUCAUAGGUUUAUGGGUUAGGCACUUAUAUGGUAAUGCCUCUGUUCUCUACCUCCUCCUCUUGACUCUUUUUCUUUUUCUUCUUCUCUUUGUGCAACUUCCAAAUAUGGUGGAAUCGGUGGAGCUUCCCACUCGCCUAGACAUCUUUCCUUUCUGAAACAAGGCCCUUCUACCCUGCGCCAUCUUCAAAUUCACUGCACUUCACCCGAUAGGUACCUUUGAGCCUUAAAAUUUGUCUUUUGAUUAAUUGUUUUUUCUGUUUGAAUCCUGAGAAAACUUUGUAUGUACUUAGCUGUUUUAGCUCAGCACUAACUUUAUAGCUCUGCAAUUACUCUGCUUGCUCGGAAAUUAUGUUCCUUUUUAUGCUCUUUGUUGCCCAAACUGUGUCGUUUAUUUUUUGCUGCAAAAAUUUUGCAUAUUUUGUUCUUCAAUUUUGCCAAAGUUAAUUUCAAAUGCCAACUUUCCUUUUUCCUUUUCCUAGGUAAUUGAUCGUUAUGUGGUUUGUAAGUUGGAUUUUUCUAACUGGUGGAUUAUUGAAUUGAUAAAAUUGGGGAAUUUGAUUAAGGUAGUGUCAAAUUGGUGGUGCAUGAGUUAUGGCAGCGGGAAGAGAAGGGAUUUAUUGGUAUUCUUCCCGUUCAAGAUGCUGCCGAGGCAGCAACAGUGGACUCUGUUGUCUCAAGGUGAGAUGCCUAUGAUUAAGUGAAAGUGAAUACUAACAGGUUUUUUGUUGUUAUUGUUGGGAAUUUGCCUAAUUUUAGGAAUGGGAAGUGAUUCUGGUCAACGAAGCUCUAGAGUUCAAGUUUGUACUCAUCUCUCAUUUUUUUUUUUAAUAGUUAGGUUGAAAAUCAUAUCGAUAGAUUCUUUAUUUAGUUGGUCCAAUCUAUAACAGAUGAGAUUGUUUUGUUUGAUGUUUCAAUCAAAAUUUGAUAUUUUUUUUGUCUGUGCAAUUAUAAUGGAAUUGCAAGUCAAGUAUAUCUUACAUUCUUGAUUGCAUACUCAUCUUCCCACAAUUAUUAUAUUGUCUCUUGACUGGAUUGAUUUUUAUAAUUUCCUGGAUAUAUGGUUACAAUGCUUUUUAUAAUUUCCUAGAUCUAUCAUUUUUGUUCGUUCAUGAUUAUGUUGAAUGUUUUUCAGGUUAAAUGUGUUUUAUUCAUGUGGUUAAGGCUGGUGUAUUCAAGUCUCGCAGCAUCGCGUGGGCAUAUUACUAGUAGAACGCUAAAAUCCAAGUCCUCUUCGAGAUUUAAUUUUCCUAGGUUAAUUAAUAGCUUACCAAACUAACAAAAAAGAAGGGGAAGACCAAAAGAGUCAAGAGUGGCCAUUAUUGACUUUCUAAGCAAUCAUUGACCAUUAACAAUAAAGAAAGGGAAGACCAAAAGAGUCAAGAGUGACUAAAUUAAAAGCACGUACCGGCCAAUACGUCAACUAAGAAAGGGGACGUUUUGCACCCCCGCUGCAUCUGCGUGUUCCCUCCCUUCCCAAACCUUCACAUAAAUUUCAAAUCUUCAACAAAUCCCUUGCGAUGGAUUGAGUUCCUUAUAAUUUCCAUUUUCCUGGAAAAUUAUUUUCUCAUUAAUAAUGUCUUGUGCAAGAUCAAAAACCCUUCACGACCACGCCUUAAAUUUUUGGAAAUUCCUAAUCAGAGCCAUUGAUGUCUUAUCCCUUGCCAUGAAAACAACCUUAACUCUUUGCUCCGUGGCUUCGAUCUCUCUCAUCCUCUACUUCGCCGUCUCAAACCGCUCCCAUAAUUUCCCUCCACACCCCAACGUAGUCACCAACCUCAAUCAAAACGGCAUCUCCGCCGACGGUCACGAAAAGACAAAUAUUUCACACGUUCUGUUUGGCAUCGGAGGCUCCGUGGAGACGUGGGACAAACGCCGACACUACACCGAGUUGUGGUGGAAGCCUAACGUCACUCGCGGGUUCGUUUGGCUGGACCAGAUACCAUCCCCAUUCAUGACGUGGGUGGAGACCCUUCCACAGUACAAAGUCUCCGGGAACACGUCACGGUUCAAGUACUCGUGCCCGUAUGGUUCACGGUCGGCGGUUCGGUUGGCGAGAAUCGUGAAAGAGAGCUUCGAGCUAGGUUUAGAAAAUGUGAGGUGGUUUGUUAUGGGGGACGAUGAUACGGUCUAUUUCCCCGAUAACUUACUUUCAGUGUUAGCGAAAUACGAUCACAAUCAGAUGUACUAUAUUGGCGGGAACUCUGAGAGUGUGGAGCAAGAUGAGAUCCACUCAUACACUAUGGCUUACGGCGGUGGCGGGAUUGCCAUUAGUUACCCGUUGGCUGCGGAGCUUGUUAAAAUUUUGGACGGCUGCAUUGAUCGGUAUGAUAAACUCUACGGCUCGGAUCAAAAGAUCCAGGGUUGCUUGAGCGAGAUUGGAGUGCCGCUAACAAAAGAGCUCGGCUUUCACCAACUUGAUAUACGGGGCAACCCGUAUGGUUUGCUAGCGGCACACCCUGUGACCCCGUUGGUGUCACUCCACCAUUUGGACUAUGUGGAGUCGAUAUUUCCAAACCUGAACCCGAUUGACUCGGUCAAGAAUUUGGUUAGCGGGUACAAAGUGGAUCCGGGACGGACCGUACAACAUAGUUUUUGUUACGACUUGAGGCGUAAUUGGUCUGUUUCGGUGUCUUGGGGCUACACGGUGCAGUUGUAUCCGUUUUUGGUGACGGCUAAGAAGCUGGAAACGGCGUUGCAGACGUUUUGGACGUGGAAGAAUUGGGACACGCGCCUGUUCACGUUUAAUACCCAACCCGUCAGUUCGGACCCGUGUGAGAGAUCGGUUGUGUAUAUGUUAGAUCGGGUUGAAAAUGGUGGUGGGGGUGAGACCCUGACUACUUACAAGAGGUACGGGGAAAAUGAUUGCAUUCGAAGUGACUACACUCAUGCUUUGAAAGUUGAGGUUUUCAAUGUCUCGGCUCCCAAAUUCAACCCAGACUUGUGGAAUAAGGCACCACGUAGACAAUGUUGCGAGAUCAUCAAUGGCACAGAAGCAGCUGACAGAGUUGUACAAGUCCAAAUUAGAAGCUGCAAUGGCUUUGAGAGUGUGACUCCUCCGUAACAGGUGGAAAAAUGGCUUAUCAUUCUCUCAUUGGACUUGCUGUACACCAAGCAUGCAUCAAACUAUGUUAACAAGUUUGGGAAAGGAAAAAAAUAAAAUUGGGCAUGAAUUCUAGUUCA